ACCAAUAGGAGCGCGCGGGGCGUGUGGCGAUGGCAGUGGGCGGGCCGGGGCGGCUCCUCCCGGCUGGCGGCGGCCAAGAUGGCAGAUUUCCUGAAGGGGCUCCCGGUCUACAACAAGAGCAACUUCAGCAGAUUCCAUGCGGAUUCCGUCUGCAAGGCUUCUAACCGCCGCCCGUCGGUGUAUUUGCCCACCAGAGAAUUCCCCUCGGAACAGAUCAUUGUGACAGAGAAGACAAACAUCCUCCUGCGCUACCUCCACCAGCAGUGGGACAAAAAGAAUGCGGCCAAAAAGCGGGAUCAGGAGCAGGUGGAGCUGGAAGGGGAGAAUUCCGCCCCSCCCCGGAAAAUCGCCCGGACGGGGAGCCAGGACAUGACCGAGGACACUUAAAACUCUGGGAAUUUCCCUCGGCUCCUUCCCAUUUUUUUUGCCUCCAGGUGUCUCCCAGAUUCCCACUUCCCACCCCCUUUUAUCCCCACAAGGCCCAAACCACUCAGAUUUCCCGGGAUUCGCCCUAUUUAUUUUGGGAUUUGCCUCUCUCCUGUUUUCUUGGGUUUUUUUUUAAUUUAUGCCGUAAUUUUUUUUUUAUGGAGCAGGCGGGAAAAUUGUUGAUCCUUAGGCCCUUUUUUCCCAAAAUUCCAUUUUUCCUGGGAUUUUUGGGAUCUGCUCUUGUGAUCGCCCAGGAGAACUCCCUAUUCCCAAGAAUCCCCUUUUCCUGGGAUUCCUUGGAUCUGCUCCUUAUGAAAGUCCCAGGAUUUUUUCCUUCACUUCCCCUUUGAAAUAUUCCAAGGAAUUCUUGGGAUGUUCCCGAUCCAGCCACAAGGGUGGGGCCUCCCCGUUUUUCCAUAAAAUUCCCAASCUGGCACCGAUCUCCGAUCAUGGAUGGAGCCGAUUUCCGGGCACUUCAGUCCCAGGAUUUUUUUGGGCUUAAUCCAUGGAUUUUCUCCCAUCCUGGGGAAGGAUGGAAUUGUUGCUUUUGUUGCUCUUUAAUCCUUAAAUCCCAACUUUUUUCUGGGGGCUUUUUCCCGGCCUGAUCCAUGGGAAUACAUGGAUCCUCUCCCGAGGGUUCGCUCAGCAUUCCAAAGGGACGGAGCCAGGAUCAGACUGGGAUCAGCUCAGCACCUCAAUGCCUUGGAUUGGGAGAAUCCCAGAUGGAAUUCGGGAUCGAACCCGAGAUGGAAUUCCGGAUGGAAUCCAGGAAUGUGGAGCCGAUCCAAAGGUCUGGGAUGGCCAAACCCUUGGGAUUGGGACGAUYCUGUGCCUGCUCCCUGCCACCCUUCCAGGACGAUCCAGAGGCUCAGGAUUCAUGGAUAACCCCAGGAGAAGCUAAGAAAGGAGCAGCUUAACCCUGAAAUUCCAUCUGCUUUUCCAUGAGGAGCCGAUUCCUAUGGAAAUUGUGGAAUUCRGAGCUGUUUUCCCUCAGUGAAUCCCAACUGCUGAGAAAUCCACAGGGAUUGUUCCAGGAGAUUCCAAAACAUCCUCGCUCUGAUGGAGGCCGCGAGCUUGGAGGGUUCCUGCUACUCCUUUUCCCAGCAAAUCCCAAUCCAUCCUUGGAAUUUUGGGCUGGGAACAAAUUCCAAUGGCGUUGGAAGAGGAACCUUGGGAAGAGCAGGACACAGCUCCUGUUGGAAUUCCCAGAGUUUGGGGCUGGAUUUAAAUCCAGAACUUUGGCUCUGCCUCCAAAACCUUUCCCUUUUUUUUUUUUUUUUUUUCUAUGGAAGCAACUUCCAAAUUCCCGGAAUGUCGAGCGCAUGGUGGGAGAGGAAAAGUGAAAUUCCGGGGAUAUUUUUGGUGGGCUUUUUGGCGGAUUCGGCACUGUUGGGAUCAGGAUUCCAGCUGGAAAACCCCGAAGGCUCCAGGAUGAGCCGGAUUUGAGGAAUCCUUGGAAGGAAUUCCAAGAUCCCAGGAGAGGGGAGGGUGGUCGGAGGUCAUAUCCUGGAUUUCCGGAGGCUCGGGAAUGUUGUUCCAUUAAAGAGUUGGCACUUCCUGUUGUAAA